UCCAUUAGCUCUCAUACAUCUAUAGUGUUGCAGGAAUAGAGAUUUAUAUAAUAAUGCAUUCAAAUUUCUAACAGAAAGUUAUUCAGAAUAUAUAGCUUAAAAUCUACUUAAGCAUUAUAAAGGAUUAUCUUAAGGAAUAUUUUUUCAACGCAUUGAAAGUUUCAAAACCAGAUAUAAUAGAAAAAAAUGGAAAAUAAUUUCACAGUUCCUGAGGACAUACGUCUGAUACAUAAUAUAUUAGGCACCAGUUUUUCAAUUUUGGGAUUUUUUGCCAAUAUUGUGACAUUAAUCGCUAUUUUUCGGUUUCGACUGUACAAAGACAUUUAUAUCAUUUUCAUUAUCAAUCUCGCUUUCAUCAACUGUUUGUCAAGUGGAUUUUCUUUAACUUAUAUUGCAUAUCAAUCAUUCACUGUUGAUUCAGCCAUGCUGCAUACAACUAUAGUGUGUAGAUUUACUGGUUAUAUUACCUAUGCGUUACUUGGAACAGAAAUCAUUGCUAUCAUACAGAUAUCUUUUAAUCGGUACUUUCUCAUAGUACACUUGGACCUAUACAGGAAAAUUUAUACUUCAAACCAAAAAGUCAUUGGGAUGUUAGCUGGCUCCUGGUUUAUUUACUUCAUCUUGACAUUACUUCCAUGCACUGAAGUUUGGGGAAAAUUACUCUACGAUCCUACAAGGUUCAUCUGUCAUCCAUUUUUGGCGCAAGACAGUUUCACAAAAUUUUUCAAUUUUUUUUCAAUCAGUAUCUCGGUACCUCCUUUAGUGUACUGCUAUAUUGCUAUUAUAUGGAAAGUUGUUUCAACAAGGAGGAAAGUAAGACCAAGUAGAGUGUCUACGGUAAGACCAUCGAAAUCUCAAGUUACGCCACCGACUAAAAUGCCUGUAACAAUCAUAACAAUUCUGACAGCGUUUACGGUCCUAUAUGUUCCAUUUUUUCUGGUUGAACUCAUGGACCCUUCUGGACAAAAAUUUGAUCCAAAAGUGCCUGUUCUUGCAGUUUACGUUGCUUGGAUACAUCUUAUUUGUCAUCCUAUAAUCUAUGCCGUGUUAAACAGACAGAUCCAAAAAGCUCUGAUGAAAAUGUUCAGAUGUGAAAAACAAAAUAAACAAGCUACUGUGUUUCCAAGAUCACAUCACACUAUCAGUACUAUUGCAGCAUGAACUGUCACUACAUGUGUAUCAGUGAAACAUUUGGAUCUUAAUAUUCAAAUUAACAGUUUUCAGUGUGAUAUUGUGUGGUGAAAAGUUUUAUUUCAGUUACUAAAAGAAAGUUUGUCUUCUUUAAAGUUUACAAGGUUUUUAUUGUAAACUUGUUUUAAUACUAACUAUCAAAAUCCUUGAUGUUUAAAAUAAGUGAAUUCUGAGUCCCCUCAUUUUUAACAGAUACAAGAUUACUAAAUCCUAAAUCAUGAAAUUAUUUCAUGCCAUAGUACCUAAGUAAAACCAUUAUUAGUUGUAACAAACAUUUUACAAUAUAGAAAGUACAAUGAUUUACUGAAGAAAAAUGUAUUGUAAAUUCAGAUUCAUUAGAAAAUUUACAUUAGAAAAGUUAAUCAAUAAUCAAAACAUGAGUAAAGAGAAGAAUAGUUGAUUCCAACAAAAAUUUCUAUUAAGUCUUUAAAAUCUUAAAUUAUUAUUCUAUUGCAUUCAACGAAUCCUUCAUAAACAUUUUUCUUAAAGAAAUGCGAGUUUCUUAUAGAGUCUUUCAUGCUUAUAAAACAAACAAUUGCAAAUCACUGCAUCUGGAACUGAAGCAAAUAUAAUUUAUCUGAUCGCUAUUACAUAAUAUUCUUGAGUUUAUAAUUGAAUUUUUUUAAAUACUGCAUGUGAAUAUAUAUUUUUGUUCAAUCAUUUUCAAUAUAAAAUACAAAAAUCUA